AUGGUGCAGGCGCAUAAUGAGGCACAAGAAAAAAAGAUAGUUACAGAGGAACUUGCUGUUAAUCGUGCAAGCAAGGACGAACAGAUACGCUCGCGGAAAGAGGUUGUCGAGGCCGACCUUGCUCAAGCCAAACCUGCGCUUUUAGGUACCCAAGCGUCUCUGAACUCGAUUCGUAAGGCACAGCUCGAUGAAAUUCGAGCAUUGGCACGGCCUCCUGAAAAAUACUGCUUAUCACUUACGUUGUUACCCUUCGAAAUCGGAUUGAUCGUGGAGGGGUUGUCUCGCAUCAACAAGUACAACAAAGGUCAUUCUGAUUUUCCGAUUACAGCUGAACUGAUUUCCCACUUUGUACCGAAGUAA